GAAACGUCAGUCACAACGCACGAUCAAAGCGCAGCCAUUUUUGAUUAGUGGAGAAAAUUUUGCACCGUUCAGCAGCGCAGAACAGAAGCUCUUUUUGGCGUGGUCCGGCAAAACUUUCGGAAUUUUCGCCGGAAAUCGAUUCGCAAGCACCGCCACCGAACCGGAUUCGGAACGCACAGGAUUGUCCGGGUGUAAAAUUUUUUGUAAUCGACAGUCUCCGCUCUGCAAAGCCAUCCAUACCAUGGAUAGUGACGAUUCCAGACCCGGUUCGUCUGCGUCCAAUAGCUCUGGCUCGGAUAGCCCCUCUAGUCCUGGAGUACCCGGAGCGGCACAAGCAACAGACCAUGUCGACGGUGCCGAAGGGCGCGCUUCCCGCUCAAGGUCCCGGUCCCGAUCCCGGUCUCGGUCACGCUCGGGUUCCCGUUCGCGUUCACGAUCACGUUCGCGUUCUGGAUCCCGAUCGCGCUCCAACAGCCCGGCAUCGAAGAAGAACAGUCCACCGUCGAGUCCGAAAAACUACGACGAUGCUCCGUCACGAUCGAACUCACCGUCAUUCCGGAGUGCGGAAAACUCACGUAAUUCUAUGCCGCAAAAAUCGCCCCGAAGCAGAAGUGGUUCCCCGGAUGCAGGUCGAUAUAAUCGGUCAAGGUCGGGUUCGAAGGAAUCGAAUCGCUCGGACACUUCCCCGAAGCGUCAUCGUCACCUGUCGCGGCAUUCCAGUGGAUCCAACCUUAGCGAAAAGUUGAAGGGAGAAGAGAUCUCCGAUUGUGAGAUGGAAUCCGAUCAAGAGGAGAAGGACAAGAGGAGCAACGACGGUAAGUUGGAUGACAACGAGAUGCCCUCUGGACACGAAACAGUCAAGGAUACGUUGGACAUGAGCCACGAGGACCUAAGCGAUGUGAGUCUAGAAAGCGAGAAUGAACCAGAGAACGACAAGGACAGUGAUCGCGAGAGCGACAAAGAUGAGAUGAUGGAAGAAGAAAAAGAUGAUGCAGUGAAGCAGCGAACGGAGGAAGAUGAUGAACCACCGGCCAGAGAAAAUGAGAAGAUGAAAAUAACUGAUCUUCGUCAAAAGUUGGAGGAAAAGAAGAACCAGUUGCGCAACAUGGAGGAGAAGCAGCAAACCAACGGGACUUCUAGAGCUCAUGAGAACUUAUUGGAUGCUGACCUCAUCAUGGAUGCUAAAAACGACGAGGACGCUUUGGACUUUGAAGCCGAAGAGGGUGAAUGUAAUGAUCCGCCGAAAGAGGUGGAGAAAACAGAAACAGGCAAAAUUCCAGUUCAGGCUCCCGAAGCUGACAAGAAAAAGCCUUCCGAAGAGGAGUUAGAAGAGGGAGAAGAACUGGAAGAAGGUGAGGUAUCCGAUGAAGAUGAGAAGAGGCCGGAGGAAACCGAACCAAAGCCGGUGUGUCGAUUCUACACUCGUGGACAGUGUACUUGGGGUAUGAGCUGUCGUUUCCUGCACCCCGGAGUAACGGACAAGGGCAACUACACCAUGUUUGACAUGGUGCGUCCCGUUCCGAUUCCUCAUCAACCACCGCCAUAUGCCGCUCACCCAGUUGUAUAUCAAUCGGACUACCGCAUUGAGCGUCCUCCGAUGCAUCAUAUGGCCCCGCAUCAUGCGGUACCCUAUGGUGCUGCUGGCGCUUUGCCACCACAAGUUAGAGCUCAAGAACCAGUCGGCGAGAGUGCCUGGGAACGUGGCCUCCGGACAGCUAAGGAAAUGAUGCGUAAGGCAACCAAACGCAAGGAACAAGACAUAGACUUCGAAGAUAAGAAGAUGAACCUUUCUCUUACGCAAGACGAGCUGGAGAAGGAUAACUAUUAUACACGCGGAUCACCUGAGUCCCCAUCGUACGGUGCACGUCCUCCAGUUGCUGCAGCACCGUAUGAGUUCAACGCGCCGGUCGCUGCUAAAUUCACACGACCAGGACCAGCCGCUUUCGAGGAGGAUGCCUUUGGGCGCACACAUCGCUACCGAGAGCUACCGUCUCACCGGAUGCCACAGUACGAGGAUGAUGAUCCCUCCAAACGUCGUAAUCGAGCCACACGAGAGGUCAUCGUUCAACGGGCUGACGAAUGGAACGAUCCGUGGAUGCGUUCCAAAUCACCUGCCCGGAGAAACGAACCUCGCGACGAGAACGACGCAGCUACAGUAAUAGCUCUUCGUACAGCAGCUCCAGCAGCAGUUCCCGAUCCGGAUCUAGUUCGGAUUCGAGCCGUUCACCGUCACCCAGUACAAGACGUCCUCGAUACGAUAGUCACCGGUCGAAGGAAAGCGAUCGUCAUACAACUCACGUCAGAAAGGUUAUCCGUACGCGAUCACCCAGUGCAAGCCCCAGACGAGUUCGCAAAGUAUCACCCGUUGUUGCGAAGAAACGAAACGCUUCUCCUCUGCCAGAUAAAAGAGCAGUUGAGAAAGCGGUGUCCACUAAAAGGAAAAAGGCAUCGCCAGCGCGCAAAGCUUCCACUGAUAAACGGAGGCGGCGAUCGAGCUCUUCUGGUUCGGGCUCGUCUGAUUCCAGUGAUUCUGGCUCCGAGAGCUCAUACUCAUCCAGCUCAUCGACGUCCUCUCGGGAAAAGUCCAAGAAGUCCAAGGUUGCUGAAAAGUCCUCGAAGACGUCUGCGUCAUCUAAGAAACCAGCAGAGCUGAAAAAGUCAUCGAGCGAUUCAAAGCCAAGCGCCCAGGUCAUUCCACCGUCGAGUGCAGCUUUGGAGAAGGCGGCGGCCAGUGCCAGCGCCGCGAAGAAAUCGUCCCGAAGGGAGGAAUUACUUAAACAGCUGCGGGCCGUGGAGGAAGCUAUUGCCCGGAAGCGAACAAAAAUUUCCUAAAUCUCACCGCUCAACCCACCUUGCUUUCCUUUUCGCUUGUAAGUCCACACAUCAAGAAUUCCAUUUCGAUCAUUUUGACCACAACAAAGUUAACCUUAGAACCACCCCCCUCCCCCUUAGAAUGUAAUGUCAAUGUAAUAAUCUCUUGAGAGGUUUGUCGUUUAAUUAGUAUCAUCAUUUCCAACUCUCCAUAAUCGCACAAUGAAUGGAAAAUUACAGGAUUGAUACAAGAUACAGUUGUAUCCAUUCAAAACCGUUUUUGUUGCGUUGCGCUUCAAUUAGCUUUGAGUAUUUCAAUCAACCAGCCGACUUACAUAAAUGUAGAAGGCAGUGACAUUAGGUUUGCCAUCAAAUUAAAAAAACAGUCGUCUCAUAUGAUCCCAUCUCAUUAGAUGGUGGCACCAUUACCCUUUCAUAGUAAUGCAACGUACAUAUGUGUGACUUUGGCGUAAUUCUCUGGACUAGAAAAGUAUAGUGAUACCGGUAAUAGUAAGUAAACAAUAAAAAGUUAAGACAUCAACUGAAA